AUGCUGUCUGGACAAAAUCUAGCGGUCGCAAGUUUCAUUGCAGUGUUGCUCUGUCUUCUUAUGGACUAUUUAUUCAACAACUCGUGUCCGGAUGCUGCCAAGUAUGGUCCUAUCAAGCCAGAGAAGCGUGCUCAGCACCCCAGCCGGGAGGGAUUCCCCGGCGCUAAAGAACGGGUAUACAUCAUUGCCGGUGGAUCUGGGUUCACAGGGUCCUGGAUUGCACGAUACCUUCUGCUGAGAGGUGAGACCAAUGUGUACAUUUUGGAUCGUCGGCGGCCCCCACACGAUCUCAUCCGCCAUGGCGGUAUGUAUGUGGAGAUGGAGCUUACCAGUACCAUUGCCGUCGAACGUGAGUUUGCAGCGAUUGCCCGUAAAUGCCACAACUAUACAAAAACCAUCAUCUACAACUGUGCCUGCAUUCGUCGCUACUACUCGGAAAAGAACACAGAUCUUGGCCUACAGGUUGCAGAAAUUUUGACGGUCAACACAAAGUAUUUCCCCAACAACAGCGCCGUCUUUAUUCACAUCGGCGAUGCCAUGUCCCACAGAGAGGCUGUAUCGUUCUGGAAGCUAUGGGAUCGUCGCACCUGGUACCAGCGCUCCCGUAGUGAUCUGGCCUACAUGAUUCCCUGGGCAAGCAAAGACAAAGCAUCUGCGUUCAGCCGUUACGCAUGGUACCAGGGAGCUAUUGAGUCACUCGUUCGCUCAAUCUCUAUCCCCAACGGCAGUCUUAGACCAGAGGGGUUCAUUACCGGCCAUGCAGGUGAUCACUUUUUAUCCCCUGCCAUCUCUUACGGCGGCGGCCUUCUACAUUCUGCCGAUGUGCCCAUCUCGAUUAUCAGCGUGGAGGAUGUAGCCCGUGCAGCACUCGCAUUAGAGUACGCCCUGCUGGACCCGAAGACCAGCGACAUGGUGUCUGGAUCCGUGUUCUCAAUCGAGGGCAGCGUGACCACUCUCAAACGCAUCUACGAGUACAUCCAGAGUAAGCAGUCCUUCCACAUCGUGCGAGUCGCCCCCGUGGUCGUUUAUUUGUUCAGCUGGAUCGUGUCUGUGCUGAGCUUGUUCUUGCCCGCUGCGUCUAUCUCGGGGCGCGAUAUGCGUAGAGAAAACCUCCUCUGCGGCUACCCCAUGACUUUCACAUUAUCCCGUUUCUGCACAUUGCAAAUCGCACAGGUCCCCAACCACGUCAAUCGUAAACGUGUUCAAGAGCUGCUCAAAUUCAAGCCAAACUUCUCUGCCGCGCAGACAAUCGAUGGUGUUCUUCGAGAUCUCAAGUUGCAGCAAGAAAAAGGUAAAAAGGAUGCCUGA